UCCGGGAGGACAGUUUCGGAGGCGGAAACCUGCAGGUCCACUAAAAGACAGACGCCUCAAUAUAAAGUUGUAAAUUCAGUCGUAUUUUUUAAAAUCAGAGAAUCACCGAAACAACGAGUUAUGAGAGCGAAUCAAAUUAAUGAUAUUUAGGUUUAAAUAUAUAUUUUUUUCAACCGUGGAAAGAGAAUGAGUGGAGAUAGCUUGUGCUGAGAAUCCGUGUAUAAAGGUAGACGCACUUUUAGGACGCACAACAUAAAAACCGUUUCAACUGACUCCACGAGAGAUCAGCCAUGGAUUUUUACAUCAACACGGACUAAAGUUCGUUCUUGAAGAGGUCCGACCCGCUCCGCUCCGACCCUGUCCCAUACCAGCCCGAAUAGUGCAGCAGGUGGAAGAUGGCAGAGAGAGUGACUUGGUGGAGAGCGUUUAUGGGGAACAAUAAGAGAACAAGUAGUGGUACCAAGGACAUCGCCACUCAGCUCCCCGACACAGUGAAGGACCCUCUGACGCCCAGCACACAGGGAGUCCUAGCAACACAGGGAGUCCUAGCAACACAGGGAGUCCUAGCAACACCACACUCAGCAGCCCCCAAACUCCCAACCGACCAACAACCACCAGCACCACAGCAGUCACCAGCAUCACAGCAGCCAACAGCAUCACAGCAGUCACCAGCAUCACAGCAGCCACCAGCAUCACAGCAGUCACAGGCACCAGUCAGUACAGGCAACAGCCUCUUCAGCGACGAGACCUUCGAUGACUCCCAGUUUGAGUCGGUCUUCAACGAACAGACGUGUCGUAGGAACCUGAGGGUGUCUCGGUCAGGCCGGUUUAAGGAGAAGAAGAGGGCACGCUCCAGUCUUCCUACUGGGAAAGAGGACGUACGAUGACGAGGAUGGCGAUGAGGAUGAGGGAGACAGUGGCCAAAGACUCUUACUUCUGAACUUUAUUUCAACAUGGCCGUCCGUUCUGGGGAGGGAGGAAGGUAGAUGAAGAUGAAUUGUAAGUUGAAGAUAAGUUGAGGGUUAAUUGAAGAUAAGUUGAGGGUAAAUUGAAGAUAAGUUGAGGGUAAGUUGAAGAUAAGUUGAAGAUAAGUUGAGGGUAAGUUGAAGAUAAGUUGAGGGUAAGUUGAAGAUAAAUUGAGGGUAAGUUGAAGAUAAAUUGAGGGUACGUUGAAGAUAAGUUGAAGAUAAGUUGAGGGUAAGUUGAAGAUAAAAUGAGGGUAAGUUGAAGAUAAGUUGAGGGUAAGUUGAAGAUAAGUUGAGGGUAAGUUGAAGAUAAGUUGUGGGUAAGUUGAAGAUAAGUUGAAGAUAAGUUGAAGAUAAGUUGAGGGUAAGUUGAAGAUAAGUUGAGUUGAAGAUAAGUUGAGGGUAAGUUGAAGAUAAGUUGAGGGUAAGUUGAAGAUAGUGAUUUGAGACUUUGACUUUACCCUUUGGAACCCUUUUGUCAGUACUAAAGAGUCUGUCCGUUCCACUGCUGUCCGUUCCACUGCUGUCCGUUCCACUGCUUCUGCUUCUUCACCAAUCAACAUGAGAUUCAUUUCAUUGAUUUUGAUUUAUUGAUCCCUUGUCGGAAGUUGAACGUGUUGAACUGUGUUUCCCAUCACAAAGAAAGUGAACUGAUCAGAAAUGAAGUUAUACUCUCCUGUACCUCCUGUCUUGUUACAUUAUAAUGGACUGCUGAUUGGCAGUAGUGAACGUUUCUCAGUGACAGCUAGAUAGGCACUUAACAGUCCUUCCCUGAGGAAAUCACAGGUCUGACAAGGUUUGAUUGAUUUAAAGCAAUAGGAAGACAAGUGUGUCUUUACUAAUCCAAUCCCAUAAAGAUCAGUGGUUAGGCUCCUUCAAGAAAGGAAGGAAGUGAGGGAGGAAGGAAGCAAGGAAGGAAGGAAGGGAGGAAGGAAGGAAGGUUUUCUUUAAGAAGUAUCACCUUUCAGCUUUAAAAACUAUCCAGACUUUUCUAACCUUUUCUGUAUCCAAACAGUAUGCUGAAAAUGAGACACACACACAGCUAUGCACAUUCCAGGAAAUGAUACGUUGUUUUUAAGAUGUUUACAUAUAUAUACGUGUAAUAUUUUGAAUAUGAAGGAUAUAAUAUUGUUUUUUACUAAUCAAUGUUGUUUUUUUGUUGUUUUUUAAAAACUAUGAUUACAGUGGGUUAGAAGGGUACCUCUUUUGUUUUAAAAAAAACAGUGGGUUAGAAGGGUACCUCAUUUGUUUUUGUUUUUAAAGAGGUGGGAUUGCUUGAAUGAAUGAGCAUUGGUGUUUGUGACCGGACAGGUGAAAAUAUAAGAUUAUAUCCACUAGCUGCUAUUCAGUUACAUACAGGCACACGUUUUAGAGGGAAACAUCACUGUCUGGAGCAAAUCCUGAUGGAAGGUAAGGUGUUAUAGAUAUAUAUAAUCCUGAUAGAGGGUACUAUUAGAAGCUAAUCGGUAAGGUGUUAUAUAUAUAUAUAUAUGUGUCACACCCUGACCAUAGUUUGCUUUGUAUGUUUCUAUGUUUUGUUUGGUCAGGGUGUGAUCUGAGUGGGCAUUCUAUGUUGUGUGUCUAGUUUGUCUAUUUCUGUGU